CUCUCAAAUUUCCAAUCCUCACUCCUACUCUUUCUCCUUCCUCCUCCAACUUCCUCUUCAUCCUUCCCACCAAAAUCAGCUUCCUCAAUCCCACAACAAACACCCUACUUACAUGUCACUUCACCCCCGAUUCUACUAUUUUCUCGCCAACCAGACACCUUCCACACAGCCUUUCUCUUCCUUUCCCGUUGAAGCCAGCUUCUGAAACUUCAAACAGAGACGAGUCCUAUACUUUUGAAUAACAACACCUUAUCCUCUGUAAGUGGGUUUUCCAGUCCAGAACUAGGAACAAAUUCAUGGGUUCUCUUUCCCGUGGCACGACGGGAAUGGCGGAAAUUCCAAAGUUGGACUCGUGUUCUUCUUCUUCUUCUCCUUCACGUAGGGCCACCGAAUCAGAACAGAACAGGGCGACCCAGAAAAUCUCGGUUUCAGAUCACACAGAUGCAUUUCAAUAUGCGCCCGAGAAAUCUGAUAGCUUCGUGAUUGACAUGGACGCCUUCCCUUCCACCAUCAACAAAGAUAACAGUUCCAAUUCCAGAAUUACAUUGCAGAGGAACCUUUCUAGGAAAGGAUCUCAGCGUGGGGGCGACAAGAAGAUCAAUGGCAGUGCUACCCUUCAUGAUAGGGAUAGUUUCCCGACAACAGGCUCACCUAAAGCUACUCUGGUGGGGUCUUGCACGCCUGAAAAGCCCGGGGCGGUGGCCCUAGGGCCCACUGACCACUUCACCAAUUCACAGGUCCAUCAUCAGAUUACAAUCACCGCCAGCAAUAUCAGCACGGCGGCUGCGGCCGCCGCCAUUGAGAGCAAAGGAAUAUCCCGGCGAAACAGUUUCAAAAGGCCUUCUCUCCGGGUCCUUGAUCCUAGGAGGGUUCUUCUGUUCUUUGCCACUCUAUCAAGCAUGGGAACUAUGUUGCUGAUAUACUUCACCCUUACAAUCAGCAAGCAAAGUGAUGAAUAUGGGGUUGAUUGGCAGCAGUGAGAGAAGCAGAAGAUCCUGAAGUGAAGAUAAGUUAGAAACCACGGAUUAACGAUUGACCAUUUACAAGAUAAGUAUCACAGAAGAAGAAAAAUCCUCCGAAGUCAUAGUUAGCAGCCAGAUAGUGCUAAAAAUUAAAAUUCACAAAAGCGGAUGUUUCAGUGAUGGUGAACCUCGUUGCCACACAGAUCACUCAGUUCACCUAGUUUUCGUUGCUUCUUUCUACAACCAAAUGAUACAUCAUUGUAUGUGUCUAAAAAUUUUCUUGCAGAAGAAUUACUGCCAAAGGCAGAAAAAAGCAUCAGUUCAAAGAAGAUUAAAUAAACUGCUGGAGUUUCAGAAAAGCCAAUCAAAUUUCUAUCACCACCUUGACGUCAAAAUCAGUUAAUACUCGGGGUUCAUCUCCUUGGCAACUUCAAGAUAUCAUUACAAAGACAUACUGCAAUUCGACUGAAACACGGAAUCUUCGGUUUAUAGGAAUGGGAAACAACAGAUGACGAGAAACAUAUUCCAUUUAGAAAUAUAUGUCGUGUUUGUUAGUAUUGCACGGCUGAGUGAAGGAUUAGAGUCACUGUUGUUCUCCCUAGCUCCUGUAUUUAGCCUUGAUUUUUCCUUCCUUGGAUCUUUCUGUUCUGUUCUUUUGUAUUUUGUUUUUACGCGAUCCUAAUAGUUGGUGAACCUUUUUUGAGUUUGUGACUUUCAAGUGAGCAAAUAAAAAGAAAGGUGAGAACAAAAUUAUUAUUGAGAGCUACCA